AUGCGUACUGAUCCCCAAUCAACCGCUUCUGCUCCCAAUGAAGAUGCCUCUGGUUAUGCCACCAAUCAAAGUCAGAAUGGACCUCAUCGUUCAAGCCGUGUGACCACCCCAGUUCAGUCACGAACCCUUAUAUCCACCCCAGCAGAUUCCCGACGUAGUUUGGUAGGCGCUCCAAAUGCCAGUGCCAACAAGCGUCGCAGACAAGUUACGGCUUCUCCUCAAGACUCAGUAAAAACAUCAAAAAGGCCAGCCAAGGUGCCAAAGCGACCAACAUACCUUCCAUCAAGAGAUUCAACCCAAGGCAAUUCUCAGCCUCCUGGAUCAGCAAUUCUGUUGAGUAAAGUUACCCAAACUACCAACAGCCUAGCAUCACAAGCCAAAGACGACUAUGACUACGACCAGGAUUCAGAGGUUAAAAUACACGCAAUCAAUUCCAAAGCUCGAGUCCGAGGUCACACAAAUGCAGAAAAAUCAGAUGAUGAAGAGGACAACUACUCAUUUGUUGAUGACUUUUUUGAACCUCCAUUCUGGAAAGAAGGGGAUGUCCCUGGAACGUUGUUGAAUUACAAGUGCAAAUGGUGUCACAUCACCUAUCGAAUCCAUGGAACCUCCCGGGCAAACUUAAAAUCUCAUCGCGAUGGAUCGGCUCAACUUUGUAAAAACAACAAAGGAUGCAAGCAGCGAGCGAAGGCAAAAAAAGAAGGCCACCGAUUACCCAAAAGUGUUGCAGAGCAGCAGGCUAGAAAGGCAAAAGAAAUCGAAAAGUCAAAACAGACCACACUCAAUGGGUUCUUAUCGGCCAAGAAGUUUGAACGACGAGUCCUGAACCAGAUCAUAGUUGCAUGGCAAGUACGGCAAGCACUCCCUUGGUCCCGCAUUGAAGAUCCCUACCUACGAGCCGCCUUUCUCUAUGCAAAUAAGGAUGCCCGUUUAUAUUCUCGAAAAUGGGCUGCUGAUGAGGCCAAACAAUUAUAUGUUGGCCUUCGAAAACAAGUGUUUGAUUCUUUAAAAGUAUAA